GCAAGACUGGCUGCCCUGCAACCACACACCUCACCUUUAAAGGUUACCUGGCCCAGUAAGAACCAACGACGUCACGCGUCCCGUCCUCAGGACAGGUCGCGCGUCACCUUGACAAGGGUUGUAUCAUGGAAUGAGGAAAAGAAGAUCACACCAUCUGGACAGAAUACUUUAAGAUAUUAACUCUCAUCGAUAACAACUAUCAGUAAUGUGAAAAUUAGACAUAAUAAAUUGACAGUCACAGAAUUUGAAAGAAACAGUUGUAAGUCAGGUCCAGUUUCAGAAUGUACCGCCAGUGCGCGAGUCUGGUGGAACGACACCGGUCAGAGCUGAGUUUCGCAUUGCUGUUGUCAGGCUAUGCGCUCUACCUGAUUCUUGGCGCAUGGGUCUUCUCCGCGGUUGAGCUUCCAUAUGAGCAACGGCUGCGCGAACAGCUGGAGACCGCCCGGCAAAAGUUUCUCUGGGACAACGCGUGCGUGUCUGACGAAAGGCUCGAGGAGCUUCUGACCCGCGCACUGCAUGCCAAUAACUACGGCGUAUCGGUGCUCGGUAACGCUAGCGAAAACAACUGGGACUUCAUCUCCUCUCUGUUCUUUACCAGCACAGUUCUAACCACCACGGGCUAUGGUCACACUGUACCACUGUCAGAUGGAGGAAAGGCAUUCUGUGUGUUCUACUCUCUCCUCGGAAUCCCCGUCACUCUCCUCUUCCUCUCCGCCCUGGUACAAAGAAUUAUGGUCCUGGUGACACGCCGGCCUGUGGCGUACCUUCACCUGCGAUGGGGAGUGUCCAAACCAAAGUUUGCCGCUGUCCAUGCGGCAUGUCUAUCCGUUGUUGCAGCACUGCUCCUCUUCCUCCUACCAGCGGUAGUGUUCUGCAGGCUGGAGCCUCUAUGGAGCUACCUGGAGUCCCUCUACUUCUGCUUCAUCUCGCUUACUACAAUUGGCCUAGGAGACUAUGUACCUGGAGAGACUCACAAUACCGUUCCCAACUCUCACCGCACGCUAUAUAAGCUGGCUAUUACACUGUACCUGUUGCUUGGCUUGGUGUGUCUGUUGGUGGUGGUGGAGACGUGUUGUGAGCUGCCACAGCUGAAGAGCUUCAGGAGGAUAUUCUACAGAGAAAAUAAAGCUCCAGAGUCAGAGACCAGAGACCAGGAGGAGUUUAGCAGCACAGAACAUGAUCAAAUGACUGACCACCUAACUGAUCAGCUGACCAUCUCCUCAGUGUCCGCCCAGGCCGCCUCCCUCCGCCAGGACAACACAACCUGGCAAUAGCAUAAAAUAGAUACUUCACUGUGUAUUGAUGAGAAUGGAAAUGUGUCUUCUGCCUCUUCUGCCUUAUGCCCCCCCAUUGUCAGUCCUGCAAUUCCAGAGGUCACCAACAGAUAUUUUUGCUUAACCCUCAACUGGUAAUGAAAAACCUGCAAAAGUAUUUUAAAAAUGAAAAAUAUAUAUAAAAACACGUCACAAUUGCAAGAAAGAUGUACAAUAUUUACAGAGCUCUAUGCCAAGGCUUCCUCACAGGUGAAAAGUGAUUGCACAUUUUGAAACCAUGCAGCCUCCCGGUUGAGGGUUGCGGUGUGAGCCGUGUACCCUGUUCAAAGCGGCUGGCGAAGUCUGCUCAAAACAAAUUGUCGUAUGUAAAGCACGUGGAGAAGGGGGAGACCAAGGUUGGUUGUCACACGGAUUGGUUGUCACAGUGCUUAUAGAGAGCAAUGGUAAUGCCGUUUUUUGUAGACACCAACUCCGCCAAGGCUCGUUGGCCAAGCCUAUCGGAAAUUCAUUCGGCCUCAGAAAUUGCAGCCCAAAUAAAUGCUUCACAGAGUUCAAGUAAAGACACAUCUCAACAUCAACUGUCCCGAGGAGACUGAAUCAGGCUUUCAUGGUAAAAUUGCUGCAAAGAAACCACUACUGAAGGACACCAAUAAUAAGAAG